UUUCCCGUGCGGCCGCGGCCCCGCCGCGCUGCCUCGGCCGGGCCGGGCCGGGGAGCCAUGGGCAGCCGGCGCGGAGGGGAGGCGAGCGGAGCCGAGCCCGCGGGAAGGCUUCCUGCUGCGAGAAGCAAAUGCAAAACAACUCGGCGUGAACUGCAGUUAAAAAUGAGUUGCCAGUGAAGAUGACAUGGAAAUGUGAAGCUGAGUUUUGAAAGUGCUGGCUCCCAGGGGGGUUACCGUGAGCCUAGGCUGCUGAGGUACAGAAGCAAAAUGCUUAUUUUACAAUCAGUGGGUUAUAUCUCUUAAUCACUAUGAAAACACUGAUGGAUGGACCAAUGCAUUUUUUUCACCUUGUGUACAUGAGCAUUCUGUCUACAGCUGGUUGCAGCUUGCCUGAAACAUUUCUGGGAGGGCCACCUUACAACCUACAAAUGAAAUCUCACAAUUUCCAGCACAUUUUAUCCUGGCAGGCAAAAAGUCCUCCAGCUGUGCCAACAUACUAUCGUGUGCUGUACACUGACCGCAGGAACUUGAGGACUGCUAAACAAUGUUCAAAUAUUACGCAAUUCUCCUGUGAUCUGACUGAUGAUUUUGCAGAUAUUUCUCAAGUGUAUUCUACACUGGUUCAGAGCGUCAUUGGAACUGAAGUAUUCAAUUCUUCUAUGCUUCAUUUUAUACCACUUACUGACACAUUUCUGGGACCACCAGAAGUUAGUAUGAGUUCCUGUUUAAACUGCAUAAAUGUCACCAUAGAGCUGCCAGUCUCUCACUCCAGAAAAAGUGGAAAGCUACUGACUUUAAUUGAUAUAUAUAAAGAGCUUGAUUAUGAUAUAACUCUGAAAACACUUGAUGGAGAACACAAGAGGUCACGUGAGAAAACCACUGAAGCAAAUUUUCAUACUGUCAUUGAAGAGUUGUACCCAAAUAGAAAUUACUGUGUGUCUGUUAUGAUCGCUGCAUCGCUAAACAAACAUUCCAUCCCAUCAGUCUGGAAAUGUAUAACUACAGGCUCUGGAGCUCCACAAGAACGUGAAAACCUAUAUACUUAUAUAGGUAUAAUCGCAGGUGUUCUAUGUUUCUUACUGGUGUUAGUUGGUGCCCUGAAGUGUGUACAUGCAGCAGGAUGUAUUCUUCCCAAAAAAUUACUUCCACGUACCUUGGUAUUCGGAAGGACAUUAGACUCUUCACCUUGGAUAUCUGAACCUGAAAAAAUAUACUCUGUUGAGAUAAUUUACAAAGAGAUGAAAAAAAAGGCAACUGAGUCUAGUGGUGGUGUCAGCAAUGAAGAUGACAGUGAUGCCAGUGACAGCGAUGCUAGUGACAGCGAUGCUGUAAGUAACCAUGACUAUACAAGGCGUGAUACAGUGAGCAGAGUACCUCACGGAUUUGUGCCGUACUCUACAACCAGUAUAUAUGAUGACACCAACAGCCAGGCAAGUGAAAAUCCAGACUCUGACCCAGAAGAUUUUGAAGAGCGUGAGAUGGAUAUUGAAAAAGACAAAGACACAAGUAGUGAGUCGUUUAAUCCUUUCUCUGAGGCAAAUUGUGACUGUUCUCCUAGAGGAAGGAACAGUGCUUGCAUUACCAUUAACUUAAAAACUGUGCUGUUGGGAGCUUCUAAAGAGAACCUGGAUAGUUCUGCAGCUCUUCUUUCUUCCCAAGAAGACGCAGCUGACUGGCAGUGUACUCAUGCUUUUGAAGCUAAACCCCUGGAUGACACAGAAAGCGUGCAGAAACCUCUCUCUCGUAAUGGCUCUCAUGAAUGGCAAAAUUCCUCUGAUUCUUCUGAUGAGACUGACUUGUCAGAUUCAGAUAUGAACCCAAAAACUGAAUAUAUAAGAAGAUGAAUAAGUGAUAACCACUCUUACUUUGUAACAUAUGAAUUUAUAUUCUCCAGCUCUACUUCUGUGCUCAACAUACAGAUCUUGUCAUUUUUAACAUUCUGUGACUGUAUACUUGAACACUGAAAAUACACAACACUCAUUCUUAAUGAACAUUUCUCUAAUCUCUCAGAGUUGCUUCAGGUAUGCUUCAGAUUGGAUUAUCCAAAGGGAAACAAAAAUCACUGUUCAGACUCAGCAGAAAGAGUAGUUGCUUCAUUUUGCCUUUUGAUGGUGAAUUAUGCCUUUCAGCUGUUAGAAAGUGAAUAUUUUCUGUAACUCAAGUCAGAGGUUCAUUUGCAAGUGGUCUCUCAACCAGAUGACUUGUAGUUUGAAAAGAUUAUGCUGUUACUCUUCCUGUUGAAGGAUUAUUCUGAAAUGUUUUGUUGGACGGAUUGCUGUAUUCAAGUCAGUGAACAAGUUUCUUCAUUUGUGCAGGGAAAGCUGAUAAAGUGAAAUAAUUGGGGUGGAGAUAGGAAUACUGAGCUUGCAAAGGACUUCUCCUUACUGAGAAUCAAGGCAUUAAAUAUACCUUUUUAUAUUUUUUUAAUAGAAUUUUAUACAAUUAUUUACUACACUUAAAAAAAUCUUGUUAUGACCUGUAAAGUUUACUGCAGUGUACAGUUAUCCUUUAACACUUGUGCGUCAUAAAAAGAAAAUUUUUCAUA